CCUAUAGUUUUCGAGAAUGUUUAGUGUUUCGGCCCACAUAUAUAUGGAGACUCUCUGUUUCCGCCGACAUAUAUAUGGAGACUCUAUCCUUCACUAUUUAAUGAAAAAAAAAACAUAUGACAAAAAAAACCCUAGAAGAUAGUUCUGUCUCCUUGGUGAUCGUGUGUUGUAAGAGACAGAUAUAAAAGCUUGUUCUCGAAGCCUUGUCCCCUUUGAUCCUUUGGAACAACAACUCGACGAAUUUAGUAGAUCUUUUUUAGGAGGACCCCAUUUCUUCUUCGUCUCCGAGAUUCGGUUUUAGCCAGAUCCAUACCAUGGUUGGAAGAAGAGUGUCACAGGCUCUAACUGUUGGUGAUGCACAGUCAUACCUCUCUGAUGUGAAGGAAGCAUUUCAUGAUGAACCUUCAAAAUAUCAAGAGUUUAUCAAUAUCUUGAAUGGUAUUCGGGAGCUUAGUGUCGAUAAAGAUAGCAUUGUUGAAAGGGUUGAGGAACUCUUGGAAGAUCAUCAGGAUCUGCUUCAUGGUUUCCAUGUCUUCCUUCCUGAUGAGGCUAAGAGAAACAAGCAUCCUCAUACCAAAAAGAAACAUGCUGAUGUAGAGGAGUUUAUGAACAAUCUUAAGACAAGGUUUAAGAGCCUUGAUAAAGAUGUAGUGGCGACGUUUUGCGUGGUAAUGACUAGGUUUAAAGAGGGACGUAUGUCUGUAAAGGAGUUGCAGGAGGAGGUCAUUGAUACUCUGUAUUAUCAUGAAGAUUUGAUCGAGGAGUUUCUCAGAGUUUUCAAAAAGAAGAAGGAUUUUGUAAUAUCAGCAGCACAACAGCUACAUGACGAGAUUUGUAAAUAAACGACAAUGGAGUGUAUAGUUUCUUUUCUUCUACAGAGAUUUUAGUGUUUUUAGUUCGAUGCUCAUUGCACUUAUGUAUUUGUUAUUAUAAUUGUUUGAUUUUCACCGAGAAGAUAUGCGAUUUGAAUUUUGAUC